UUCUCGAAAGCACGCCGACUGGCCCCAGAAAAGUUAAGGUUGGCGAAAAACGAAUUCGACCAUAUGAUAAACUUAGGGAUCAUACGACCGUCAAAUAGCCCAUGGGCAUCUCCGUUGCACAUGGUCCCUAAAAAGGACAGCAACGAUUGGCGUCCAACUGGUGACUAUCGGAGAUUGAAUGCAAACACCAUUCCCGAUCGUUACCCGUUGCCCCACAUUCACGAUUUGACAGCUACCUUGAAAGGUGCAACUGUCUUUUCAAAAAUUGACUUGGUAAAAGCUUAUAACCAAAUUCCUAUGGCCACUGAAGACAUUCCAAAAACCGCUAUUAUAACGCCCUUUGGACUCUAUGAAUUUUCGCGAAUGCCUUUCGGUCUGAGAAACGCGGCACAGACUUUCCAAAGGUUCAUAGAUGACGUUUUUCGAGGUCUCAACUUCGUACAUGCAUACGUUGAUGACUGUCUAAUAGCAAGUCCGGACAGAGAAUCACAUCUCCAGCAUCUGGACAUUGUUUUCGACCGACUACAAAAGCAUGGCAUUACCGUUAACAUUCAGAAAUGCCAAAUCGGAACCGAAUCCUUAGACUUCUUAGGACACACUAUAGAUGCGCAUGGCAUUCGACCCCUUAGAACGAAAGUAGCGGCCAUUCUGGAUUACCCAGAACCGACCACCAUCAAGCAAUUGCGCACAUUUAACGGUCUGGUAAGUUUUUAUAGACGAUUCAUACCGAAAUGCGCGUUACUUAUGAAACCCCUUACCGACCAACUUCGUGGAAAUGCGAAAUCCAUUAAUCUAGAUGACACUACCCGAAAAGCAUUCUCCACGGUUAAGGAACAUAUCGCCCGAGCAGCAAUGCUUGCUCAUCAGGACCCUAAAGCGCCCAUUAGCAUCUCAGUAGACGCAUCCGACUCAGCAAUCGGAGCAGUCUUACAACAAUGGGUUAACCACUCCUGGCAACCUUUGGCAUUUUUCUCUAGACGGUUGCUAGACACUGAAUCGAGGUACAGCACAUUCGGUAGGGAACUCCUAGCUAUGUAUUGUGCUGUCCGGCAUUUUCAACACUAUAUCGAAGGCCGUGAAUUUAUCAUUUUUACCGACCAUAAACCACUUACGUUCUCCUUAAGCUCUUCUUCGAACAAGUACUCACCACGUGAGUCUCGACAACUGGACUACAUUUCGCAGUUUACUUCAGAUAUUCGACACAUUUCUGGAGCAAACAAUGUAGUCGCAGACGCCUUGUCUCGUAUAAAUUCCUUGAACAGUUCCCAAGGAAUCGACCUUUUAAAACUCGCCCAACUUCAAAAAGAAGACAGUGAUCUUCAGCACGAGUUGGCCUCAACAACACUUAAACUGCGCAUUAAACAGAUGGGAACAGGUAAGGAAACCUUACUUUGUGACACAUCUACAGGUAGGGAUCGCCCAAUCGUGCCGAAACAAUAUCGACGCAACGUCUUCGAUACGUUGCACAGACUUUCUCAUCCAGGUGUUCGUGCAACCAUCAAGCUUAUAGCAGAACGGUUUUGCUGGCCUGGUAUGAAUAAAGAUGUGAGGGAGUGGGCACGUUCCUGUGUAAGCUGCCAGAAAUCUAAGGUUAUUAGGCAUAACAAAUGUCCCUUAGGCUCGUUUAAAACCCCCGAUGCUCGCUUCGAUCAUGUUCAUUUGGAUUUGGUAGGACCUUUACCAGAUUCAAAUGGAUAUUCUUAUCUUUUAACAUGCGUAGACCGUUUUACUCGAUGGCCAGAAGCAGUACCCAUCAGAGAUAUUACUGCCGAAUCAGUGGCUCGCGCCUUCGUCGAGAGGUGGGUAGCAAACUUCGGCUGCCCAACAACCAUUACUACAGACCGUGGACGUCAGUUUGAAUCUGAACUGUUCCGUUGUCUUACCAUGAAACUAGGAAUCACUCGCUUUCGAACGACGGCCUACCACCCACAAGCAAACGGGUUAGUAGAACGUUUUCACCGACAACUAAAAGCGUCACUAUCAGCCUCAAACAUUUCUCAGUGGACUGACGCUCUUCCACUCGUCUUACUAGGCAUACGCAAUGCAGUGAAAUCUGACAUUGGAUACACUGCAUCUCAACUCGUUUAUGGUACGACCCUUCGACUUCCAGGAGAGUUCGUGGAUCCUUCAUCCUCUUCGAUGGACAUGGAUCUAACCUCCUACGCGAACAGGCUUACAAACACAAUGCGUUCAGUUAAACCUGUUUCCACUCGACCACAAUCAACUGAUGUUUUCGUUCAACCUGACUUACUACAUAGUACACACGUUUUCGUGCGUCGAGACUCGCAUCGACGACCUCUCGAAUCAACAUAUGAAGGACCUUUCAAAGUUCUUCAACGCGAAUCUAAGUACUAUAUAAUAGAUAAGAACGGAACCAACGAAAGCAUCAGCAUCGAUCGCCUCAAAGCAGCGUAUUUAGAAGGAAAUCCUAUUCACGUCGAUUUUCCUUCAAUACAAUCGCACGACACAACUCCUGCGCUUAUAAUGCCUCAAUCGACAGCAGACACACACGUUGAUACUGCGACGGUAUCCGAAAAUAAACUCAAAACAACGCGUUCUGGAAGAAGAGUAAGAUUUCCAGAACACUUGAACGAUUACUGCACGUAAGAUACAAGUUAACAUUUUACAUCCUCUCGAAUUUCCCUUUGUACUACAUAUAAUUUUUUUUUAAAAAAAAAACCUGAAUUUAAUAUGCUUAUAUAUUAUUUUUUUUUGUUUCAAAAAAAAACAACAAAAAAACAACGAUAUUAUAAAAAUCUUAUUUUACGCUACUACGUGAGCAUGAGUUUGUUUUCCUUUUUCUCCGCUUGUUUUGUGUUUUCACGCGCGUACGAGUGUAUUCCGACAUGCACUUACAUAUUUUUCUUUUCUUUUCCAGGACGACUGGAAAAGAACGAUGAAGUUGCGAAAAACGAAAAUCUGCAUUGUACCUUUUUUUACUAUAUUGUACAUCAUGGUCCAUUAUAGUAAGGAAAGACGACCAGACGCUGCUAAACCUAGCAAGCUAUCAGAAGAGUGUUUACCAACGAAAAUCUCGUUGGGUUUAAACUUCUGGCUGGCCACGUCUUAGGGUCAUCACUACCCCACUAGGGGGGGAGUGAUCUGUAGCGGUAAAUAAUUCCCCAAAAUCAAAUAGCUCUGUAAGUUUUCGACAUUGGAUGCUGACCAUAGUUUUAGUGGACUCAUCUAGCGGAAGGCGCUCGGUCAAGCAUCCGCACCAGAUCACGUGUGGGAACGCCGUGCUCAACAUCUGCCUCAAUCGCUAGCCAGAUUAGUGCCAACGAUCCUCGAUAUAUUGAUAGCUUAUCAAAUAUAUCUUCGAUCUCCUC